AACUUAACCCACCCUAACCCUUUCAUUUUGACAAGCAAACAAAAGCAGUGUUGCUCUUGUGGUAGUUAGCUUCUCGGCUGUUUGACAGAAAGUCUCGUUAAUUAAAUCAAACCCGCUCAACAUCAUGAAUGAACCGCUAUCCAAUUAGCUAGCCACACAAGCGACAAGCCUCUUCGUGUUUGUGAACAACACGGUGAGUUGUCAGGGUUUCCCUCUGUCCCAGUGCUGGGAAAUAAAAUCACAAGAUCUCCUCUGGCAAUGAAGUACGUUGCUAUUUAAAGACAGUGCGGAGAAAAAAAACAUAACUCCCGUGAGCUGCUACUGCGCUGUCUGAUAUUUAUGGUAUUAAGUUACAGGCACAUUGGGUGCAUGAGCUGACCCAUGGUGUUUACUACACUGCUGAGCUUUUUUGGUGCAUCACAGUGAAUCGUCACCGUCAGUCCAUUGCUGCAUAUCAGAAUAAGAACCAAUCCCAUCUGUCCCCGUUGUGGAGAAGGCGCGUACUGUUUUUUUCCAGCCCGUCCUGAACAGCUCUCCUCUCUCCUCCGUCGGUCUUCCCGAUCCAGCAUGUGUCAUUUUGCCUGCGCGGGGUACGUUACACAACCAGCCCGUCAUGCAAAAUAGAAACACGUGUCUAUAGGCGGUGCUGAAAAAUGCAGCUUUACUCAACAAAGACCGGCUAACACCGCAGAGGAGGGAAAAACAGCCGUGUCGCAGAGAGGACAAUGAUACGAACAUGAUCAGCGCCGAUGGCUUCUCAAAAUGCGAGGCGACUCUGCAAGAGAGAGGCAGGAGGAGGCCACCCGCAGAGAUGCUCCAUCUGCUGUCAGCUGUCAUUGUUUGGCUCGUGACGGGCACCACCAUCUCCAGCCUCAACAAAUGGAUAUUUGCCGUUUACAACUUCAGGUACCCUCUGCUACUGUCAGCGCUGCACAUGCUGACAGCCAUAGUGGUGGACUAUGGGCUGAUCAAACUGCGGGUGAUCCGCCACAGAGGGGCCGGAGAGCAGGACCUGACCCCCAGCGCAAAAUGUAAGGUGUUUCUGUUGAGUCUGACGUUUUGUGCCAGCAUCGCCUUUGGGAACAUGGGUCUGAACUAUGUCCAGCUGUCAUUUGCACAAAUGAUCUACACCACCACCCCGCUCUUUACUCUGGCCAUCUCCACACUCAUCUUGGGUAAACAGCAUCACAUCCUGAAAUACACAGCCAUGAUGCCCAUCUGCCUGGGAGCCUCCUUCAGCAUAAUGGGAGAGGUCCAGUUCGAUCAGACUGGCUGCUUCUUUGUGUUCGCGGCCACCAUGUUAAGGGGUGUCAAGUCCAUUCAGCAGAGCAUCUUACUACAGGAGGAGAAAAUCAACUCUGUGUUCCUGCUUUACCUGAUGUCCAUUCCUAGCUUCUGCAUCUUGUCUGUGGCAGCUCUGGCCUUAGAAAACUGGGCUAUGCUGGAGUCGCCGCUGCAUUACGACCGCCACCUGUGGGUCUUCAUCCUGCUCAGCUGCCUGGGCUCAGUCAUGUACAACUUGGCAAGCUGCUGUGUCAUCACGCUCACCUCGGCCGUUACCCUUCACAUCCUCGGCAACCUGAGCGUAGUGGGAAACCUGCUGUUGUCUCAGCUGCUCUUCGGCAGCGAACUGUCCGCCCUCAGCUGUGCCGGUGCAGUGCUGACGCUGUCCGGCAUGCUUAUCUAUCAGAACUCAGAGUUCAUUGUCAGCUACCUGGACGCACGCAGGGCCAAAGCUAAAGGAUCCGGACAGGUGGUUUUUCAUACUGCAUGCCAAGAGGACUUGGACAAGGCAAAUGCAUCUGAACCAACAUAUCAUCAGCAGAGAACAGAUGGCAAACAGGAAGAAAAGAUAGACUGAAAUGAAAGGAUGAAGGAAAGAAUAAAAUGGUGAAGGAAAUAAUGCUGAAAAUCCUGGCAGUAGUUCUCUACCCUUUGUGUCAUUAAAUGGGCAAGAGCAGCAGAGGGAGUGUGACCUUAUAAGGCCAUCGUCACUAACGAUGUGACAGAUCCUUUUUUUUGUUAUUAUUAUUUUAUUAUUUAAAAAAAAAAAAUUAACUUCUCUACUGUGCCAAUUUGUUUCUCCUCUGGUCACACAGAACUGGAGUCUUGAGAGAGGAAAAGGUUGCCUUUAUUUAUCACAGUGAUGGUUUAAAUUCUCUCCUUCAUCUGUAAAUCACUCAUACAUAGCCUAUAUUGGUAUAUGCAUGCAUGAGCACACUAAACUGUUUGAUACCUCAUGAGGUAUUCACACUGCACUCAUACUACUCCACUGUGAAAAUGUUCUCAUUUACAGAGGGCUUUAAUCGAUGAUUUUGGGUGGCUGUUGUGGACGGUGUCCACUGCAGAGAGGGGGCGGGGCUUGGAGAGGACUCUGCCUCAAAUUUAAAUGGGCACAAUUUGUAUUAAAAUAUACAUUAAUGGUACUGUUACCUGACAUUCACCUGGCCCUGUCAUGGUAAGGGACUCGGGUUUUUUGGCAGCUUUUGUUUUUUGUGGUAUGUAAAGUGGAAAGCUUGUUAAAUAAGGACAGAGGCAGAAGUUACAAUAAUGGUCAAAGCCAACCUUUCUGUGCAAUGAGACGCCUCUUUUCCUCUACUGAAGCACAUUUUUAAUAAGAGGCCCGAGCUCUGUGUUUUUGUCCUCCCCUAUGAGCCUCUGUGUGGCUUCCCACUUAAGGCCUAGAUUUUGUUCUCAUGCCAGCUUGAAAGGAAGGUCUCUCUGUAGAAUUAGUCCAAUUAUUUCCAUCUUGUACAACAGUACGCUCACUGCAGCGUACCUUGAUAAUUAGGUUCACAAGGUCUCUAAGGAGUGUCACUCAACUUUAGCUAUCUUUUCCCUAUGGAAGAUGAGGAAAAAGAAGACUGAGCUGUCCUUUAAAGGUUGCUUCUUAACUCCAACCAGUGUCAUCUGUCGGGUUUAAUUUUUCCCUUUUUGUGGGCAAUGUUUUUAUGUCUGUUGGUUAAGUUGGUUAACCAGCACAUCUAAAAAAAAAGACUUCUGCUGGAUAGUGUUAUAUGUUUUCUCUCAGUAUUUCUGCUAUUAUGCUUUUAUUUUGUGGCAAAAUAUAUUUUAUCCCCCUUUUAAACGUUUAUGUGGAAGAGAAUAUUUAUUUUUGAAAGGCCGUGGCAAUCAUUGGCUUUGUAAUGCUGUAGACGCUUUUUGGUCCUCAAGUGUCUUGUACAUGCAUACAUGUAAUAUUGGACGGCUCCAGUCACUCUCUGUACGUCUCUCUAUAGGAAAAAACAGAUGUACUGAGCAGAGGACUGCACGCUGCUGCUCCUCCUGAAGGCGCUUGAAAUGACCCGGGAUGUCUCUCACGCUCCUUCCUACAUGUAUGGUAUGCCAAAUGUUUACUUUGGAAGCUUAUUUAACCACACCAUGUUGUAAUACUGGUUCUCUCAGUGACCAGACUUGAUCAUCAGUCUCACAUAGUUGAGCUCUCACACAACAACAAAGCCAUAAAUCAAGUUUUUGUUUUGUUUGUAUGUUUUUUUAAAAAAUGACACUGGUCAUUUACUCUGCAUAUUUUGCCACAAGUAAUAUUCUAUAUUGAAAACAUUUCAACAUUUCAAGAGUGCCAUUCAUAAAAUUAUGUUGUCCUUAGCUUCAUUUCAUAUUGAGAAUUAAUAUAUGAACCUAAGAUUUCCUGCAGUUUAAUGAUUGGCUUGGCUGGUUUAAUAUUUAAUAUUCAAAAUAACUUCAGUUGCGCAUUUAAAGAUUAUGUACAGCAGAGAAUUUCACUGGUUUUACAUUAUUGAAUACCUCAAAUGUUUAAAUAGGACUUAUUAUGCCCCUGUGUUUGUUUAUUAUUAAUCAUUGGACUGAGAUCAAGCAGCUUUUCAACAGCCACACUGAAACUGCAGCAUGUGAAUGAUAUGAUGGAUUUGGUUGUUUCAGUAGAGUAAUCUGAUCACAGAUCAGUCAACAUAUUAUAAAACACAAAUUUUAAUUCACAUUAUCGUGUUGACUUGUGGUCAGAAUGGCCUCAGUGGUCGUUUUUUAGUUUUAUACUCUGAGCUCUCACAGUCUUCAGUCAGUCUGGCAGGUUUAGCUGCUUGUUCUCAUGGAUAUCAUGUUGAGUAGAUUAUGAGUGUGGGGCAAAGCAACAGUUGCACUGACAAGUUGCACAGGGUACGAAGACGUGUCUUCAAAGCCUACGGCUCCUGUGUACAUACUGGUUUUGAUUGUUUGCAAAGCUAGUUGGAUGUAAAUAGUUAUUUUAUUAUAUUUAUGUAUUUUAUAGUCAUAUACGGCUGGUUUAAACUAUACUGGUUUAAGAAUGAAACGUUUGCCUCAUGCCUUAUUUGGACACUGUAGAAGAGAAAUGAGUGAUCUGAUCUGUCAUUUAUGUCAAAUUGUUUGGUAAAUACUUUGAAUGCCAACAGCAGCCAUAUAGAUGCUUCUGUUUAGAGGCUGAGAUAUGGAUGUGUCAUAUACACAUGAUCUGCAAUUGCUUGAAUAAAAAUAAACUGACUGGUACAGUAAACAGUAACAAAACCAACCACCCCA